CGCCAUGUCCACCGAGCUGGCUCCGGCCGCCGCCCCUGAGCAGGCCCCCGGCCCCGAGCCGCCAGCAGGCGGUGGGGAACCGGCCGAGCACCGGGCGCUGGUGCUGACUGGCUUCGGCGGCUACGACAAGCUGAAGGUGCAGGCGCGGCGCGGCGGCGGGCCGGGACCCGGAGAGGUCUCGGUGCGCGUCCGCGCUUGCGGCCUCAACUUCGCCGACCUGAUGGCGCGACAGGGGCUGUACGACCGGCUGCCGCCGCCGCCCGUCUGCCCCGGCAUGGAGUGCGCCGGCACCGUCCAAGCCCUCGGCGAUGGCGUUCGCGACCGACAGGUAGGUGAUAAGGUAAUGGUCCUGGCUAGGUCAGGACUCUGGCAAGAAGUGGUGAAUGUGCCGGCCAGUCAGACCUUCCUGAUGCCUGAGGGGAUGAGCUUUGAGGAAGCAGCUGCUCUUCUUGUCAACUAUAUCACUGCCUACAUGAUCCUCUUUGACUUUGGAAACCUGAGACCAAACCAGAGCGUCCUCAUCCACAUGGCUGCAGGUGGUGUGGGAACUGCUGCCAUCCAGCUGUGCAAGACUGUAGAAAAUGUCACCAUUUUUGGCACAGCAUCUGCCUCCAAGCAUGAUUCACUCAAGGAGGGUGGAGUCACUCACCCCAUCGACUACAGAACCAUGGAUUAUGCAGAGGAGGUCCGGAAAAUCUCUCCCAAAGGUGUUGACAUUGUCCUGGACCCCCUGGGAGGGUCUGAUACGUCCAAAGCGUUUAACCUGUUGAAGCCGAUGGGCAAGCUCAUCACUUAUGGGGUAGCAAACCUGCUCACUGGGCAGAAGAAGAACCUCGUGGCUAUGGCUAAAACCUGGUGGAACCAGUUCAGCAUCAAUGCCUUGCAGCUCCUCCACCAAAACAAGGCUGUGUGUGGCUACCACCUUGGAUAUAUGGAUGAAGAAUUUGAGCUUGUUGGAGGUGUUGUAGCCAAGCUGAUUAACCUCUAUAGCCAAGGCAAAAUCAAGCCCAGAAUAGACUCUGUAUGGCCCUUUGAUCAGGUGGCAGAUGCCAUGAGGCAGAUGCAAGAGAAGAAGAAUGUUGGAAAGGUCAUCCUGGUUCCUGAAGCACCCAAGGAAGAAUCAAAAAAAGAGCAGAACUAAGAGGAGCUGUGUGCAGGCUGAAUUCAUGGUUUAACUUCCUGACCUCUUUGGGACCUGGAAAUGGACAGAUCAGUAGCUUCUGUCUUCUUCAGUACCAAACCAGCGUGGCUAAAGCUCAGAUGAGGUUUGCAUGCCCUCGUUGUGACUGACCCUUUGCCAGAGAUGCUCUCAGCCCAAGUUCUUUUGAUUUUGUACCUUUUUCUUGUUUCUGUCACUUGUUUCUCUACUGAGUUUCCAAACUAACCUUACUUUAUUCUGGCAGCUGAAGCUUCCAGGCUUCAGCUGGUGACUGCUGGCUGCAUGGCUGGUGGCUGCAAAGUCAGGGUGUAACGUGCUGUAGUAACUGCCAAGUAUCUCCCCAGAAACUGAGCCCUGCUGAAACAUUUGUGCUGUCACCUUUGAGAAGUCUGUUUCAGCAGAAAGGGCCAAGCUCAGGAGCCAGCCAGAGGAGCAGCACAGCUGGCCUUGUCUAGCUCUGGCACAGGCUGCUCCUCUGUUUAACCACACUCUUUCCCUUCUGCUUUUGUAGGCUCUAACAGCAGUCAGUUAGUGGCAGGUUGUGCUGUCUUUGCCUUGCAAAUAACCACCCUGGCGUUCUGAGCCUGGCACGUUGCACUUCAUCUGCAGUCACUCUCUGCAGCUGCCAAAUAACCUGCUGGGCUGGGUCUGAAUACAGAAGAAAAGUUUCAGUUAGGUAGCUUGAUCUUGUCCAUUUUCUGAUUCCAAACUGUAGGGAGAUCUAAACUGUGUCUGAUUUUGAGAGACCAUAAGGACUCAACUGUGUCUCAGAUGACUGGAACGAUUGGUGUUGGCUCUGUGCUUCAUUAAUGUUGGGCUCCAAGCUGGUAUUGUUAAGGCUAAACUUCACCCUCAUGUUUGUAUUUCCAAGGGCUGCCAUGCUGACUGGGAAUUCAGCAAGAUGGGAACAAAAUAAGCCCCUGCUAAUGCUUGCUUUGUGCUGUGCCCUGUGUGCUGGGGAGGUGUUGCAGUUCAGGAGGUAACCUGGGGGAGCCAGCUCUGUAAGCCUGCCCAGGAGCCCUUCUGUGGCACACAGUUCCCUAAAGCUAUUGCCAAGUUACUGCUGUAGAUGGGAACCUGCCCAGCUCUGUCAGGCCUCUUGGCCUGGGCACCUUGAACAAUUUAAAUCAUGCUUUCCAUUUUCUUCUAGCUAGCUCCUUAGAUACCCACUCAAACCAGGUCUUGCCCUAUGGCUCAGUGCUGCAGUAGGGUUUGACUCUUUUUGCCAUGAAACUGCAAAUCUUGGGACCCUUGGGCUCUCUUCCAGCACUGAACAUUCAGGAGCUGCCUGGGGUGCUCCUCCCAGAUCAGAACUUGGUCUCUCUUCCUCUGUUCUCCCAUGCAUCUGGAAAUGUGGCAGUGCAGAGACCUAAGACUAGUUCUGUGAGCACUUAAUGGUUCCCCUGCUUCCCGCUGGACCCUUUCUUCAGCCGUGAGUGACUGUGGUGCUGUUUGUGCUUGCUUUGAAGCUUCCUCACAGAUGUAGGUACAGCAAGCCAAAGGCAUCAUUUUGGACUCAAAAGGUAAAUCUGAGGGUGCCAAGAAGCAUUGCCCAUCCUGGAAGGGUUCAGGAGCAGAAUCUUGCUAUGAGGAGUCCUGCUGAACCAAACCCUGCCACUGGAGAGCAGCC